CCCGAGGAUUGAAAAGAGGGACUGGGGUUGAUGGCUGGGGGAGUGAGUAGCCGAGUAGUCUCUGGCUGUCGCCUCUGAAUAUCUGCGGGCGGAGAUGGCUCCUAAGGCCGCAGCCAUUGCUGCGAGAGGGGAAACUUGAAGAGGAAGUGACAGCUAACAAGAUGAGUGUGACAUCAUGGUUUCUGGUGAGCAGCAGUGGCACCCGCCACCGGCUGCCAAGAGAAAUGAUAUUUGUUGGCCGAGAUGAUUGUGAACUGAUGCUUCAGUCUCGAAGUGUGGACAAGCAGCAUGCAGUCAUCAACUAUAACCAGGACAAGGAUGAACACUGGGUGAAGGAUCUUGGCAGCUUAAAUGGGACAUUUGUGAAUGAUGUGCGCAUUCCUGACCAGAAAUAUGUCACUCUGAAACUCAACGAUGUUAUCCGCUUUGGCUACGAUUCUAACCUGUACGUGUUAGAACAUGUCCAACACAAGGUUCCUGAAGAGGCUUUGAAGCAUGAGAAAUACACUAGCCAGCUCCAGAUGAAUUUUAAGGGUACAACUGUGAAGCGAGGGGAUCCCCCACCAGACCUUGGUUCUUAUUCUGAAUCUCCACAGGCCAAACCAGAGAAGGGAGACCGGAGACCCAUCACAGAGCCAUUGACCUACCGCACGCCAUUAUAUGGGCAGCCUUCGUGGUGGGGGGAAGAUGAUGGCAGCAACAAAUUGGACAGGCCAGAUGACCAGAACCAGGAGGACCAUUAUCCAGAGAGGACCAAGGAGAUUCCCCAUCAUGAGGAGGUCAAUGGAAAUAUAUCAAACUACCGAGAUGGCCAAGAACCAUCAGCAUUCACCUUCCGGAGGGAGCCAAGCUAUUUUGAGAUACCCACAAAAGAGUUUCAGCCCAUCUCCAAGUCCGUGGAGGAACAGGUUCAUGAAGUCCCCACAAAGGAUGUGGAGCCAGGAGGGGGUGGGGCUCCCCCAGUGGUACAAAGCCAUGCCUCCUUCACCAUUGAAUUUGAUGACUGUAGCCCUGGCAAGGUGAAGAUCAAAGAUCAUGUCACCAAAUUCUCCAUGCGACCUCGGCGGCCUCUUGUGAAGGACCCAGCGCCUACUGAUAUGGUGUCAGCCCAGAGCAAGGUAGUGAAUUGGUUGGUACAGAAUGAUCCUAGCCUGAUACGAAGGCCAGGACCUGGGGAAGAUGGAUACAGCACCAAGAGUGACCUGCCUGUCCACGUACGGACGCUAAAGGGCCACCGACAUGAGGAUGGUACACAGAGCGACACAGAGGAUCCAGCAGUAGCAUCUUCUCUAAAGGCAGAAAAAGAGACUGCCCCAGUACCAGUAGCAGAACCCCCCACUGGGGAACAGGUCCGCUUGCAGCGGCAGAUCAAGCGGGACCCCCAGGAAAUGCUGCACAACCAGCAGGCCUUCGUCAUUGAAUUCUUUGAUGAUGAUACACCCCGUAAAAAGCGUUCCCAGUCCUUCACCCAUGUGCCAGCUGACCCCAAAGCAGACAAGCGCAGAGUGCCAGGACCCCCUGGUGUUUGUGGUGGGAUGGCUGCUGUCCCAGGUCCUGCUUCAGGCCGAGCAUCUGGAAGCACUUCAGGCCCCCAGAGGGCCAGUUCACUCAAGCGAGAGAAGACAGAGGAUCGGAUGGCUUCAUCUUCAACACCUGCCCGCCCAGCACAUCGACUCUAUGGCAGUGUGGGGCGCAGGUCCCGGAUGGCUCAGGACUUUGCUGCUGAAUACCUGCGGGAGAGCACUACAACAGGGCGGUCUGGCCCAGAAAAACAGCCACCGGGCUUGCCCACACCCUUAGCUCCCCGUGUGGUCAUCUCAACAGCUCCCCCAGUUCCCCCAUCCUCCCCAGCCCCAGUGUCCACUGACCCUCAGCUGACCAAGUCUCGGAAACAGGAGGAAGAUGAUAGUUUAAGUGAUGCUGGCACCUACACCAUAGAGACAGAAACACAGGACAAGGAAGUUGAGGAGGCACGGAAAAUGAUUGACCAGGUUUUUGGGGUGUUUGAGUCCCCUGAAUUUUCUAAGAUGACCUCCACUACCUUCCGCCCAGUUAUCCGUGGAGAGAAGGAUGAAGCAAGCUCCUCCCCACCCCCUGUGGCAGAGGCAGGGGUGGCUCAGCGGCUGGCUCUGCUGCAAGAAUUUGCUUCCAGGACCUCAGGCCUGUCUCCUCCAGGAGAGACCCAGGUCUUGCCAGUGUCAGGCUCUCCAGGGAGUCAGAAAUGGGUAUCUCGUUGGGCCAGUCUGGCUGAUAGCUACUUGGAUCCAGGACCAGGGACUUUGAUCUCUGAGUCAACCCCCUCUGGCCUGGACUCAGAGACUGAUGUCACCAACCAUAAAGUUGGGGAGUUGGAGCCGACCUUGCCUUCCAGAACACGGAGACUACUCCCCCAACUACCCCCAAGUGACAAAGCAGAAAGUCCUGUGCUGACUGGAUUAAUGGGGACAGAACCCUACCCUGAAGUCACCAAGAGAAAUGCAGCCAAGCCACCAGCCCCAGAGAAUUACGAGAACCCAGUAGACCACUUGUUCAUCCAAGAAGAUCUAGACCCAGACAGUCUCAGUGAUGGAAGCCAAUCAGAUGAUGGCCUUGGGUCUGGGGAGAGAAAGAACGAUCGUUCCCAGAGGUCAGAGUGGCCUCGGGGCCAGCAGCAUUCCCCAGGGGCAGAGCUUCAGCAUUCCAACCCCAAGACAGCAGGGGAGCCAGUCCCCUUGUCCUUCUAUAUUGGGGAUGAGAACAAAGAGCUCAGCUUUCCCUCCAAACUCUCCCCGAGUCCCCCAUCAUCCCGAGCCAACAAGGAACCCGUGGAUCAGGAGUCACCCUUGCGGCCAAUCAGCAGCUCCCCGUCCUUGAGGUCCAGAGCCAAGGAGGAGAAUGGCACAUACAUCAGCAUGACAGGAAAGAUGACCAUUUCCCUGCAGUCCAACCCGUCCCCAGAACAAGAUAGUUCAGCAGCAGUGCCAAAGGAAGCCCUGUCUUUUGUCCGACAAGAGAGCUUUACCAAAGAGCGGGCAAGCAGCGGCAUUGCCCCCAACAGGCUCCCCCACAUAUCCAGCCAUCCCCUUCUGAAGGACUUGGAGGCUACUCGGGCCACCCGCAUGGACUACCACACUCAGGACACGCACUUAAUCCUGAAGGAGACGGAGACGGCUCUUGCAGCUUUGGAAGCCAAGAUCCUUGCCAAGUCCCCCGAGGAUGCCAGGAACACCCCCACACAGCCAGAGGAUUCCUUAUCGGGUGACUCUGAUGUGGACACAUCGAGCACUGUUAGCCUUCUUAGUGGGAAGAAUGGGUCCAGCCAGUCUCAGAAGGGCAAGGUGGGGGUGGGCAAUGGCCCCCAGAAAGAGCGGCCAUCAUCGGCGCCUUCAAUCCAGGAUUCCAGCAAUGGUGGUCUUGUGCCCAGUGCCCGCGAGCGGCUCUCGGAGAAGCAGCGUCGCCCAGGACCAGCUCCAGAAGGAACUCGGCGCUUCCAGGUUAAGCGCAACAAUGGAACCCGAGCAUCUCUGGACUUUACGGAUGAUGAGCGGGGCUCCGGCCAUCCCUGCACACCCGGUCCGGAUACUGUCACUUCAGAACCUGAACAUCAGCCAGCAGCAACGGUCAGACCCCCAGCCCGGAGGAAACCCUCAGCCCCGCUUCCUUCCCCUUCAGCCACCAAGGAGGAACACAGCCGGGUUUCUGCCAACGUGCAGAAGGUACAACAGAUUCUCACCAGGUCUAACAGCCUGUCCACCCCAAGACCUACUCGGGCCUCCAGGCUUAGGCGGGCACGGCUUGGGGAUACCUCGGACAAUGAGGGUGCUGACAGCGAAAGGGCCACUGCUUCCAAUCCCGAGGCCACAACCAAGCAGGCCACAGAGGUCAAGAAGCUGUCCCGCUUGGAUAUUCUCGCCAUGCCCCGGAAAAGGGCUGGUUCAUUUACAGUGCCCAGCGACGUGGAGUCCACUCCAGCCCGGACAGGCUUCUCUGGAAGGAGCGUCGAGUCCUACUACUCGAGCCGAAAGCCAACCAUGUCAGAAGCUCGAGCAGCAGCCAGGAAGACGGCAGCCGCGGUGGCUGCCACAAAGCAGCCUUUCAACAGGGCUCGCUCGGGCAGUGCCCGCUAUUCUUCCUCCUCUAACUCCCGGCGAAGGCAGCAGGGUUCAGAUUGCACAUCCACCUCGGAGGAGGAAUACGGCUCCACCCACAGUUCUCCCAAACACAAACGCUCCCAUGCCUCAACAGCCACUCAGACCCUGAGGGCCACUGGCCAGGGCCGGUCCAGACCCUAUAAUGGGCGAGACACAGAUGAGGAUGAUGAGGAUGAGGAGCCCGAGCACUACAACUACAUCGUGCAGACGGCAGAGAUCGCUGAGAUUGCCAGGUUAAGCCAGACUCUGGUGAAAGAUGUUGCCAUCUUGGCGCGAGAGAUCCAGGAUGUGGCUGGGGAUGGAGACUCCCAGAGCUCCUCAGGAACUGGCCGUGGUACCUCACUCAGCUCUGUCCCCACCACCCCAGCCUCUACUAUCUCUGCCAGAGAGGAGCUAGUACAGCACAUCCCAGAAGCCAGCCUCAACUUCCAAAAGGUUCCACCUGGGGCCAUGGGUUUGAAGGACUUUGAUCAAAACAUGAAUGACAAUCGGGAUGACAAUUAUGCUUGGAGAACACGGCCCAGGAACCGAGAAGAGGUGAUCUUUGAUAACCUGAUGCUGAAUCCUGUUUCCCAGCUAUCACACACAAUCCGGGAAAACACAGAAAACCUUGCAGAGAAAAUGAAGAUUCUCUUCCAAAACACAGAGAGGACUUGGGAAGACAUGGAGGCUAAGAUCAACUCAGAAAAUGAAGUACCCAUUCUGAAGACAUCCAAUAAGGAGAUCACCUCCAUUCUGAAAGAAUUAAGGAGAGUCCAGAAACAGUUAGAAGUUAUCAAUGCAAUCAUUGACCCCACUGGGAAUUUGGACAUCAUGACUGGCAACAGGCUGUCAUCAGCAUCAACACUAAGGCCAACCAAUAAGGCCAGGACUGCUCUUAGCCCUGCCCCUCCUACUGAGGAAGGGGUGAGCCCCCUGACACCAUCCAUGAAAAACCACCCCCAGAACUCCACCUGCAGCUCAGCCCGACUCCAGGAUGCCACCUUCCUCCCUGAGGCAGAGAAGUUUGUGAUAUGAAGCUGUGUCCUGCGUCAUUGCUGCUGGCCACUGGCCACCUGUGAUUCCAGUGGUGUGGUAGUGUUGUGUGUGUGUGUGUGUAUGUGUGGUUGUGGGCUGUUGUGUCAGUCACUGGCACUUUGUACAAAGAAAUUGAGCCUGCUGGGCCUAAGGCAGUUGUUAGACAACUAGCCACAUCAGAUAUCCCACAUGUGCCAAAACUAUUGCCCAGCUGUGCACCCCUUCUGGGCUCCUCUGCCCUGCCCUAGUCUAGUAAUCACACCCCUCUCUUUCACUCGUCAUCCAUGGCUCUAAGGUCUUGGUCUUGAUGAUGUGUUCUGUCCCUGCCAUGGACACCCUCUGAUAUUGGGUCUGCAUGGAGUGGGUCAUGAACUUGUGGAUCAGAUCCAUUGGCUGGGGAUGGGUGUCCCAAUCUCUUGAUGGAUGUACCCAAUAUCUUGGCAUUAGCACCAGGCUCUGAGCUUCUUCCCAAAGCAGAUACCAGAUAAGCCUAGGUGGCUUAGACCUGUCUUUGGACUGACCUUGGCAUUAGCUAAGCCUAAGGUCACUCUCUGGCCAAAUAAUUGUCCUUUUAGCCCCGAUUUGAGUCUUGUCUUGUCCACAGGUAUUCAUUCUUUAGCUUGUACAAAGAAGGGGGAAAGUUUGCUCUUAGGAAACCAGUGUCCCUUAGGGGCUGGAGAGCCAUCUGCAUGUGGUUUUUCAGGGAACAGGUGCUCUUCCCACAGGCUUCUGACAGAUUACCCCAGGAAUGAGCCCUCCCAGAUCUAGCCUUUACAGUAACUUAAAGGAUACCAGCACAAUUGGUCAGUCAGCAGCUAUUCAGUGAAUUCCUACUCAGUGUGCCAUGCCCUUUGCUCAUGCUGACAAGGGAAAGACAGUAAAAGGAGACUCCUUUCACUCAAGAAACUUACAGUCUGAAGGGAAACAGGAGAUAGAAGCCCAGGCCUUGGGCCAGAGGAGUUUGAUCUGUGGGAAAGACUGACAUGUGGGGGACCAUUAGGGAAUCGCCCAGGAAGGAGGUAGAGUGCUGUCAGUAAAUGUGGGAGCUAUUCAAUGAAAGGAGAGAUUUGGGAGGGGGGGGGUGGUCAUGGAGCUCAGCCUCCUGGGAGAUGUAUACACACGGACACAUGUGAUCCUGCAUUGUUUGGCCACUAAAAAUGGGUAUGGGGCCACAUGCUGCCCCCAGCCAGUCUCCCCCUAACAAUCCUGUCUGGUAAAAGAGACUAAGCAAGGGCUGUAAACAUCAUUCUCCUCGACAGUGCCCAUGCUGGACAAACAGGAUUAAUCCCUCCCCUGUGGUACCGGAGACCGGUCGGUUCCAGCACUAACAGAUCAGGAGACUGGUAGCCAUUCACCCUGCCACAUUGCCAGGCAUUCAGGAGAGACCUAGUACCCCUUGCUCUGCACACUCCUUAGAGAGGCUUCUGGCAACUCUAAGAUGAGCAAACAAGGUGAUAAAUAGCUACUUGUACAGAAUACAGUCAUGUGCACACCCAGACAUGCCUAUGUACUCACAAGGGCACAAUGCACUUACAUACAAGAUGCAUAUAUACAGCAUGCACAAGUUUACUGCACACGUGAGCACAGACAUGUGCACAUGCACAUACAAAUGUGUACUUGUAGAUACACACAUCUGGUUUCUCUGAGUUAACUUCUCUCCAGUCUCUGCAAUGCUGGUUCUGCCUGGUUACUCUGUCCUCGGUGAGAAUGCUGGCAGGCAUAGGGGGUCUUGCUCGGCCUGGGAAGAAAGGUCUCCACUGGAAGCCAAAGUGAGCCACUUUCCCAAGGUGAAGCUUCAAUGAAGUGUCAGACCCAUUUUUUGAGGCUAGAGCUGUAGCUUAUCCCUGUAGACUCCUGUACCCUAGGGAACACAAAGCUGCCUGCUCCACUUAUUUCCUGGCCACAGACAGCCCUUUACCUAUAAGCUUGCCCCUCGAGUCUCUCUGACUGCCACUGAGGAAAUACCAACAUUGGCCAAGCAGCAAAGGUCAGCCAAGGUCAGUCAGGACUCUCCAUCUCUGGGGUUGAGGCACCUCUCAGACUGUAGUCAGGAGAGGAUGAAGUGGAGGAGUCUUUUUUAUUAUUAUUGUUUUCAUCUCUUCUCCCCUUGCCCAGGUCCAUCCUCAAACAGCUUUCUUCCAACCUCCCCAGAGGGGCACAAUGUGAGUCCUGUCCUGCCCCAUCCUCUGCUGCUUUCUGAAUUUUCAGGAAUUAUAUACUGUCACCACUGACUGGCUGCCAACACGAUGAUGGCAUGGAAGUUCCAGCAGAGAGGAUGGGAGGGUAGAUUGUGUACCACCACCUUCUUCUGUGAUCUCGGGCAGAUUGCUUCAGUUCUCUGGGCUUGGAUUGGACUCUGCACCUGUAGCAUGGGAAGAAUGACUCCUUCCCCUCCAUUCCCCCUCAUAGCAGUCCUAGGAGGAUGAACUACAUAUAUGGGAGUGCUUGGGAAAUCUCUAUGAAUGUGGAAUGGGCCAUUUAAAUCUGAGCCCAAAAACUUGGAGUUUGGAGACAUUUUUACAGCAUGAAUAUUUCUGUCAUUUUUCCAGACUAUUUCUGGAUUCUUUGCCAACAGGGCACAUGCUAACUUAACUGAGUCUGUUACAUACCUUCUCUCCUUCAGUUUCCCAACCCAAUAAGCCAAAGAGCUAGCUCAGACUCAUAUCCUUUCUUAGCAUUCUUGUCCCCAUCCAGACCCAGGGGAGACCAAGACCCUGAACUCUUGGGUAUGGGUUCCCCCUCCUACAUUCACCAGGCAUCCUGAAGGUCAGUUUGCCAACAGAGUCUUGGCCAGAUGGUGUGAGAUGGCCCUUUUCUCCCUCUCCUUCACUCUUCUAGUCUAGGAAGGUUGGCUGUAUUGAUGAGUGCUUGAGGACAAAGUCCUCUUCAUGGUGCAAAUACUCUGAGAAGGUCCAAGUGGCCUGGUAGGGUGUGAGUCUGAUGGUUGAUUGGAGGGCUCUUGGACUUGUGGCCAGCUCAGGAGUGUGUCUAUGUUUACAUGCAGCUGUUUAAGAGCUCUGUUUUUAAGCUUUUUUUUUAAAAGGCUAAAAACAGAAGAAAGUAUAGACAGAUAAGUGUAUGGCUUCUCUUGGUUCCUUUCUCUGCUUCCUAAUUCAUCCUUGGCAGCAUCCCUGGAGUAUGCUUCCCUAAACUCAUAUUCCUCUGUGGUCCCCUGCAGGAUUGGCUAGACUGAAGCAUGCCUGUGGGAGGGAGGAGUCACGCUCUCUGCUGCCUGGUGCUUCCUCAUUGCUGACCCAGCCAUUGGGUGUAUAUAUAAUGAGAGAUGGCUAUACCCUCUGUCUUGGGCCAGCCAUAUGCAUGAGUGUGUCCGUGUACCUUAUAAAUGAUCAAUGUCCAUCUCUCCUCACUCAUUGACUUGCUCUGCCACUGAUUGAUUCUCCGGUUUUCCACCCCACUCCUCCUCCAUGAUAGUUGUAUAAUUUUUUUUUGGAAGGGAGGAAUUCACAAGCUCACACCUUUCUUUCCAGUUUGGUUUGUUCCCCUUUCCCUUUCCCACUGAAUGGUAAUUUAUUUUGUCUGGAUUGGAGGCAGUAUCUGUACAUUUGAUUCCCAGGUGAUACUGUAGAUGUCUUUAAGAAAAUGGGUUAUUUUAUAUAAUUUUAUCAUAGAUUGUUCAAAUAAAUCAUUCUUUUGUCACAUA